AUGCGCGGCUCUGGCUGGCCCGACCCGGAAGGGAAGCCCCGCGCCUGCGCAGUGGUCCUCCGCGCAAGAGCGCCGCCGGCCCUGCGGUGUGGGCCGCCUGAGUGGGCUCUUCCUCCCAGGCAACGGCCCCAGCGCCCGCCUUCCCCAAAUGUCCUCCUCUCCCUCCUUUGGGCAGAGGCGGCUCCUGCUCCUUGCUCCGAGCCACCGGAGGCUGCCUUGCCCGCGCCCUCCUUCCCCAGACAGAGCAUGGCUGCAGAGGAGGAGGAGGAGGAGGCGGGAGAUUGCGCCGCCCGCGCCUUGCGCAAGGGACUCCUGCUCCGGGCCAUAAGUAGCCCCGCCGCCGCCCGCGAGCCCCACUGGCAGCCAGUCCUUGGGGCCGGGGCCGGGGUCAUGGGCGACGCCGAGGAGGAGGAGCUGCCCGGUGCUGCUGCUGCUGAGGAAGCAGAGGCCGGGGCCCAGGUGGCUGUCUUCAAGUCCCGGAUCUGGGAUGUCAACCAGAAAUCCCUUUACCUACAGGACAAUCAGCUGGUGGCCGGAUACCUGCAAGGCCCCAAUUCUGCACUCGAAGAGAAGAUUUACUGGGUUCACAACCAUGCCUUUGACCAUGAGAAAUUCCCUGUCAUCUUGAGUAUCCAGCAUGGGCGGCAGUGCCUGGCCUGCUCCCCAGGUGCCUGGCCUGCCUUGCAGCUGGAGAGUAUCAACAUCACAGACCUGCACAGAGACAGCCAUGAGGCAUCCACCCGCUUCACUUUCUUCCUCUCCAGCAGAGAUGGGAUCUGGCAGUUUGAGUCGGCUGCCCACCCAGGCUGGUUCCUCUGCACCUCUGCCAAGACCAGCGAGCCCCUUGGCCUCACCCAGGACCCCGGACCCUCCCAUGUGGUGGACUUCUACUUCCAGCCUUGCUGAGUCUCCUUUCCCACCCCCAGAGCACAGCCAUACCCAGGCUCCCAAUUCCGCACCCAGGACUGCAGAGCUUGCUACCUCUACAUACACCCCACACACCAGUACUCAGCCCUGGCCUUGAUCACCCCUUGGAAGUUGCAUUUCUCUCCAGGCCCAGAUGGCUGCAACAGCCAGGAAUCCAUAUGGGCUCCAGGGUGGCACUGCCACCCAUGGCUGACAUUUCUGGUGCUGCCCAGGCAUCGCUCCUCCCCAGUAAGCUAAAAGUAAGGCCCAGCACACUUUCCAGGAUCUGGGCCCUCCCUGGUUCCUGUUGGUAGAGUGAGAAGAGGAGGGAAGGGCCUUUGCCAUGGCGCCAUGUAUACAUAUAUGAUGCCUUAUUUACACCAUGUCUUUUAAUAAAUCAGCCACAUCAUCCUGGUGGCAUUUGACAUUGA